AUGGAGACCUGGUUGAACCGAUCAUCCACAGACGACUUUGUCCUCUUGGGCAUCUUUUCCCACAGCCCAACUGACCUUAUUCUUUUCUCUGCAGUCAUGGUGGUCUUCAUAAUGGCCUUCUGUGGGAAUGUCCUGCUGAUUAUCCUCAUCUACAUAGAUCUUCGGCUCCACACACCUAUGUACUUCUUCCUCAGUCAGCUCUCCAUCAUGGAUCUCAUGCUAGUCUGUACUAACGUACCAAAGAUGGCAGUCAACUUCCUGUCUGGAAGGAAAUCCAUCUCCUUUGCAGGAUGUGGCAUACAAAUUGGACUCUUUGUUACCCUUGUGGGUUCUGAGGGACUCUUGCUGGGACUCAUGGCUUAUGACCGCUAUGUGGCCAUUAGCCACCCCCUCCAUUAUUCCACUCUGAUGAGUCAGAGAGUCUGCCUUCUGAUUGUGGGAGGCUCCUGGGUCUUUGGAACAGUAGAUGGUUUGGUUCAAAUAGCAAUAGUAAUGACCUUCCCCUACUGUGGCUUGAGAGAGGUGAACCACUUCUUCUGUGAGAUGCUAUCUGUAUUGAAGCUGGCUUGUGCAGACACAACCCUUUUUGAGAACCUAGUAUUUGCUUGCUGUGUCAUUAUGCUCUUCCUUCCCUUUUCCAUCAUUGUGGCCUCCUAUGUGCGUAUUCUGGGGGCUGUACUCCGUAUGUGCUCUACUCAGUCUCGUAAAAAGGCCCUGGCCACCUGUUUUUCCCACCUGACAGCUGUAUCCUUCUUCUAUGGGGCUGCCAUGUUCAUUUAUCUGAGGCCUAAGCGCUACCGAGCCCCUAACCAUGACAAAGUAGUCUCUGUCUUCUACACAGUCUUUACUCCUAUGCUUAACCCUCUUAUUUACAGUUUGAGGAAUCGAGACGUGAUAGGGGCACUGAGGAAGGUGCUGGGCCGUUGUAAGAUCAGCAUCUAG